AUGUUCCUCAUUUGCAAAUGGGCUAUCAUCCUGCACCAUCAAUAUUCUGACCCAUUCUAUGGUUAUGAGCAGGUUUUCUGGUUAUGUGGUCGCUUCAUUACGCAUCUGUUUGCUUGUCCAGAGUACCCCCCUUUGUCUUCUGUAACCUUCACUGCCCUCAUCCUCCUUCAGCAACUCAAAGUUAUCUGUGACGACACUUACUCCAACAAAUCUUGGAGUAUUGUAGCCAAGGGUAUGUUCCAAUUGCAAGAAAUAAAUCAGAUGGAACACAAGAUGUGUCAGUAUCUGGAGUGGGAUUCAGAACUCAAUGUGGAUCCGGUGGCGCUCAGGGAGUUCUAA